AUGUCUGAUUCCGAAAAACUACGACUUGCCCUUAGCAGACAUUUUGUUGAUUCCGGUGAAAAAGAAAGAUUGAUGGGUAUUCUACGCACUCGAUUAGCUGAAGCUGGGUGGAACGAUACCUUGUAUGCACACUGUCGUGAUACCGUUCGACAGCGAAAACUCGAAAACGUCACGUUGGAUGAACUAGCCAAGGAAGCUUCUGACUAUGGCCGCAGUACAGUGAACGAGAACAUCAAGAAGGAGUUGCUUGUGCAGAUCAAGAAAUAUCUCGACUCUGCGUUCGACUAA